UCUUUCGCCCUUCCUUUGCUGAAGAAAUAGCCUCACUGUACCUCACUAGCUCACUCUACCUCCGCUCCUCCUCCAUCUGCUCUUCUUCCUCUCCUCCGAUCCCCCUCCCCUUGCUGCUACAGAUAAGAUCUGGGGGAUAACGCCGCACCGCCCCCGACCUCCCCUCUCCCUCUCCUCCGCAGUAACGUGCCGCCCCCUCCAAAUCCGGCGCGGCGGUUCUCGGCAAGCCUUCCGCGAGGCGGCUGCGCGACAAGCAUUGCAGGGUUGUGUUCAUCUCCGUUUAGAAAGAUGAAUAGCAUAUCUCCUCAUCCAUGACCUCUGGAAUAUGCCAUAGUUAUAUUUAUAUGCUUCAGCAAGUGGUAAUACAUGGGCUCUUUUCUGAGAAAGCAGCCCAGCCUCCUCUUUAUUUUGAUAAUUCUGCACUUUAGUGCUCGGGAAGCAGGAUCACUAAGUUCAGAUGGUGAAGCACUUAUUGCCUUUAAGAAGGCAAUUACAAAUUCAGAUGGGGUCUUUCUGAAUUGGCGUGAACAGGAUGCGGAUCCCUGUAACUGGAAGGGUGUUAGAUGCAAUAAUCAUAGCAAGAGAGUGAUUUAUCUGAUUCUUGCGUAUCACAAGUUAGUAGGGCCCAUACCACCUGAAAUUGGAAGGCUAAAUCAGUUGGAGACUUUGUCACUACAGGGGAACAGUUUGUAUGGUGUGCUCCCUCCUGAACUGGGAAAUUGUACCAAGUUGCAACAACUGUAUCUACAAGGAAAUUAUAUAAGUGGCUAUAUCCCUUCAGAGUUUGGUGAUCUGGUAGAACUUCAAGCAUUGGACUUGUCCAGUAAUUCAUUGAGGGGAUCAAUCCCACAUUCUCUUGAUAAACUGACCAAACUUGCAUCAUUCAAUGUGUCCAUGAACUUCCUGACAGGAGCAAUACCAUCAGAUGGUUCACUCGUCAAUUUUAACGAAACUUCAUUCAUUGGGAACCUUGGCUUAUGUGGAAGGCAGAUUAAUUCAGUGUGCAAAGAUGCACUUCCAUCACCGUCAUCUCAGCAAUCUAACCCAGAUGACAUCAUAAAUAGCAAGGCUGGGAGGAAUUCUACCAGACUCAUUAUAAGUGCAGUAGCAACAGUGGGAGCUCUGUUAUUGGUGGCUUUGAUGUGUUUCUGGGGCUGUUUUCUGUACAAAAGUUUUGGAAAGAAAGAUAUCCAUGGUUUCAGGGUGGAGCUGUGUGGAGGCUCUUCCGUUGUGAUGUUCCAUGGGGACCUCCCUUACUCCACAAAAGAUAUCCUCAAGAAACUGGAGACUAUGGAUGAUGAAAAUAUCAUUGGAGCAGGGGGCUUCGGGACUGUUUAUAAACUUGCGAUGGAUGACGGUAACGUCUUUGCACUGAAAAGGAUAGUGAAAACAAAUGAAGGGCGUGACCGGUUCUUUGAUAGAGAACUGGAGAUAUUGGGAAGUGUUAAGCAUCGUUAUUUGGUUAAUCUCCGUGGCUAUUGCAACUCCCCAUCAUCAAAACUGUUGAUAUAUGAUUACCUUCCAGGUGGAAGCCUGGAUGAAGUGCUACAUGAAAAAUCUGAACAGUUGGAUUGGGAUGCACGCAUUAACAUAAUACUAGGAGCUGCAAAAGGCCUGGCAUACUUGCAUCACGAUUGUUCACCUCGAAUAAUACAUCGUGAUAUUAAGUCGAGCAAUAUUUUACUCGACAGCAAUUUUGAGGCCCGUGUAUCAGACUUCGGACUAGCAAAACUACUAGAGGAUGAAGAAUCUCAUAUUACUACCAUAGUUGCAGGAACAUUUGGAUAUCUUGCUCCAGAGUAUAUGCAAAGUGGCAGGGCCACGGAAAAGACUGAUGUCUACAGUUUUGGAGUUUUGGUGCUUGAAAUACUAAGCGGGAAGCGGCCUACUGAUGCAUCAUUCAUUGAGAAGGGGUUGAACAUUGUUGGAUGGUUAAAUUUCCUGGCUGGCGAGAGCCGGGAACGUGAAAUCGCAGAUCCAAAUUGUGAAGGCAUGCAGGCUGAGACCCUGGAUGCCCUGCUUUCUCUUGCUAAACAAUGUGUAAGCUCUUUGCCUGAGGAGCGGCCGACGAUGCACAGGGUGGUACAGAUGCUGGAGUCGGAUGUAAUUACACCAUGCCCUAGUGAUUUCUACGAUUCAGAAUAGGCUACAAACUGCGGCUGCUGCCUGAUGCUGGACACACGAUUCACUGCCGCUGGUUUCCCUGUGGAGGCAUAUUCCAUUUAUUCUUUGCAGAUUUUGUAAAUGCAUUACCGCAGUGUUCGGCUCCAAUCGGCUGGUUGAAUGGGGAGGACAUUUUUUGCGACUGUAUGUAUCUAGCCACGCUAGACUGUUAUAUGAUAAUUUAAUAAGAGAACUUAACAGGGGAUUGCCUUGCUUGA